GAGGGACACGGCGGCCCCGGGCCGUUGGAAACGGUUUCUGUUGCGUUCCAACGGUUGAGGACGGCCCGGAGGCCGUUUGUAACCAGAGGGGCGGCCUCCUCCCUUCCAGCUCCACGCCCCUCUUCCUCUGCAGAUAAAUGGAAUUUUGCUCUUUGAAAUGCCGUGAAAAAGACGACGAAGAAGAAAUCCUGCUCGCCAAUGUCGCUUCAUUAAGAAGUAGACUGAAGAAAACUGAAUUGAGUUUGCAGAAUGUGGGGCAAGAACUGAUCCGGACCAGUGCAAGUGAGCAUUCUGACGGUGACUUCAAUCAUAAUAGGUUUGAGAGACUGACCUUGGAGGAUCUUGUCCAGCCCAAUUAUUCUGGACUUGUCAAUUUCAAGAGUGUUGCUAAUAUGUCCCACGGCCGAAGCGACUGUCAGAGAAAGCUAAGAAACCAGUCAUACCGUGGAUUUGCCUUAGACACAAGUUUGGAUCAGGAAAGCCAAAGAUUCCGAGAGAAACUCAGUGACCUUCAGGAACAAAAUGCUACUUUGCUGGCCCAGAAUCGCACACUAAUGAACGAAGUAGAGUCUGUCCAUUUUGAACUGGCACAGUCAAAAGCAAGAAUUUGUUUUCUUGAAUCCGCUCGCUCACAAUCAUCCGGGGGUCCAAUCUUUGAAGAAAAAAUAAUAAAUUUGGAAGCAGAAAUCACAGCUCAAGAUAAAGUUUUGAGAGAUGCAGAAGAUAAAUUAGAGCAGAGCCAGAAAAUGGUAGUUGAAAAGGAACUCAGUUUACUGAAAGUGAAAAACGAAUUUAAGAUGUUGAAGAUGGACUUACUUGAACAAAGCAAUAAAGCGAAAAGAGUGGAACAGCAAAGGAAUGAAGCACUAAAUAAUGCUGAAGGACUCAGUAAAGCUUUCAGACAAUACAAAGAAAGAGUAGCUGAGAAACUGGAAAAGGUUCAAGCUGAAGAAGCAGCCUUAGAGAAAGGUCUAAUUAACUGUGAAAAAGAGAAAGAGGAACUACAGGAAAAAUGUGAUGCCUACAGAAAUGAACUUGAAACUUUGAAACAGAAAUUAAGGCAAUCAAAGGAAGAAAAUAUUAGUGGAAAAGAAAAAUUAAGGAAUUUGGGAAUGAAAAACUCAGAGGUCGUGUCUCAGCUGAUGGAGUCGAAACAAAAGAUUUUCAUACUAGAGUGUGAACUGAAGGACAAAGGGGAACUUUUUAGGCAAAAAUGUGACUUAAAGAAUGAAAACACAGAACUGAAAGCUCUUAUUGCAAGUCAGAAUGAGAGGCUGAAUAUGUGCCAGAAAGAAAUAGAAAAUUCAAGGCUAGAACUGAACAGUUUGGAGAUGAUUGUUUCUCAGUUGCCACUGAACCGAGAAGUGCUUACUUCUAAAUCGUGUGUCUGUAAGCGUCUUUUAGACAAUUCCUCUGCCAAAGAACAUGCCUGUGAUGCUUCCUGUGAGUCAAAUAAAUCAGUGAUAACAGACCUGAGAAUUAAACUUGCAAUGAAAGAAGCCGAAGUUCAAAAGUUGCGAGCUAGCCUGACUAUCAGUCAGGUAUCACAAAAUUUUUCUGUUGAUGAUUACCAGGAAAAUGAAGGACUAAUGGGGUUAGAAACAGAACCUGUGAAACUAAAUGGAAAUCAAGUAGAGAAAAGAUAUAUCCAAAAGUUGCAUAUUAUGAGCAAGCAGUUUGAAAGAGAGAGACAAAGAAUUGUUGCCGGGCUAGAAGAACUGCGUACUAAACUGACAAAAGCAGAAACCGAGAAUUCCGACUUAAAGGCAAACAUGGCCCGUAGAACCAGCCAAUUUCAAGUCAUACAAGAGGAACUGUUAGAAAAAGCUGCAAAUACUAGCAGAUUGGAGAGUGAAGUGACAAAGAAAUGUUCUCAACUGUUAACGUUAGAGAAGCAGCUGGAAGAAAAGACAGUUGCAUAUUCUUCUUCUGCCGCAAAAAAUAUUGAGCUGGAACAUGAGCUUGUGGAAAAGAAUGAAAAGAUAUACAGCUUGGAAUUAGAUUUCAAUGCGGAACAUGAAAAAAUGUGUUUAGCCUUUGAAAAGGCAAGGAUGGUACAUCUUGAACAACACAAAGAAAUGGAAAAGCAGAUUGAAUUACUUCAAGUGCAGCUGGAAAAAAAAGAUCAACAGUUUAAUGAACAAGAGAAGACCGUGACCAUUUUGCAACAAGAUAUUUUGUGUAAGCAGCAUCAUCUUGAAUCCUUGGACAGACUCUUGAUAGAGAGCAGAGGGGAAAUGGAAAAGCAAAAUAUCAAGAAAGAUGAAGCUUUAAAACUUUUGCAGAACCAAGUCUCUGAAGAAACAAUUAAAGUCAGACAAUUAAGUUCAGCGCUGGAUAUGUGCAAAGAUGAACUCGCUAUGCAUUUGAGUGAGUUAGAAGGCAAUAAGGAAAAAUUUGAGCAGCAGCUAAAGAAGAAAUCUGAAGAGGUGAAUGAUCUGCAGAAAGAAUUAACGUUAAGAAAUCACAGUCUUCAAGAGAUCAGUCAACAGAAUGUUAGUUUGCAGCAUACCCUUCAGCAGCAAGAGCAGAUGCUCCAAGAAGAGACAAUUAGGAAUGGAGAACUAGAAGACAGUCAAGCUAAUCUUGAAAAACAGGUAUCAAAAUUGGAACAACAGCUUCAGAAACAAAAAGAACAUUCAGCAGAAGAAUUAAGUCAGUUGGAGGAGAAGCUCCAAAUAGCCACACGUGAAACUGAUUUGAAGAGACAAAAAAUCACUGAGCUUACUAGCACUGUCAGGCAGAUAAAGUUGGAGAUGGAUCAGUGCAAGGUAGAACUGAUUGAAAUGGAAAAGGAAUUAGUACACCUAAGAAGAGAUGGAGAGAAUAAAGCAAGUCAACUAAACCACUUAGACAUGGUCUUAAAACAGACCCAAGGAGAGUUAAAAAAGAAAGCCCAAACUCUGAAUGAAUUGGAAAUGCUGCAGGAGCACACACAAGCUGAUCUGAAAAGUGCUCUGGAAAAACAAGAAAAACUGGAGGCUGAACUGCAAAACGCUCAUGUCGAAUUAAAAAACACUUUAAAACAGCUACAAGCACUGCGGGACAUGCUACAGAAUGCUCAGUUAUCUCUAGAGGAAAAGUGUACUACCAUAAAAGAUCUUAGAGCUGAACUUAGCGAAUGCAAAAUUGAAAUUGAGGAUAAAAAGCAGGAACUCCUUGAAAUGGACCAGGCACUGAAAGAGAGGAAUUGGGAACUCAAACAAAGAGCAGCACAAAUAACACAGCUGGACGUGGCUAUUCGUGAACAUAAGGGAGAAAUGGAACAAAAAAUCAUUAGGUUAGAGGGCACUUUGGAGAAAUCAGAGCUAGAAGUUAAUGAAUGCAACAAACAGAUAAGCAACUUGGAUGAAAAAUUACAAAGCACUAAAGAACAGCUUCAUGAAAAAGAGUUUGACGUGCUCCAGAAAGAUCAGGAAAUAAAUCAACUGAAGAAAGAAACCGAAAGAAAACAACACAGAAUAGUAGAAAUUGAAAGUAUUCUGAAAGAACAGGAGCAGAGCCUAGCAGACCAUUAUAAGGAAGCUCUAGAGUUAGGGCAGCAGGUGAGACUAGCUCGCGAACAGAUGCAACGUGCUCACGUGGAGCUAAUGGAGACCCGUCGGCAACAGAUUCAAGCCCAGAGAGAAGCAGAUAGGCUUGCAAACGAACUGGAAGAAGCUAGGCAUCUUUCUCGAGAAAAAGAAGCUCAGGCAAACCAUUUGGCUGAAGAACUGGGGGGUGCUCAAGCCCAUGGAGCUCAACUGGAAGCCAAAAUGCAAACAGAAAUGAAGAGACUGUUAGCAGACAUGGAGUCACUAAAAGAAGCAAGUCAGCUGGAGAUGCUUACACAUCAGGCUAAUCAUGCAAAGUGGAAAAUGUCUGUGGAGAGCCAGAAGUCUAGCAUUCAGGAACUCAGUGAACAGUUAGAGAUGGUGAAAAGGGAGCUGGAAGAGGCCCAAGGUACUGUGAGCAAUCUACAGAAACAACUCCAAGAAAGAAACGAUUUGGUUCAAGCUGCCAAUGAAGCGUUACUUGUAAAAGAAUCUGAAGUAACCAGAUUGCAAGCCCAGAUAUCUGGUCGUGAAAGAGCAGGCGGCAUUAAGCACUUUUCAGGCCCCGCUGUGUCUCCUCAGUUUCUCCAGGGAAAUCAAGAAGCAAGCUUCUCCAACCCUUCUCAAGCACCUUUUGACAAAUACCCGAAACUGCGCCGCUCCAUCAGCGAGAGUGACCUUAGCCUUCAGACUGGUGAUGACGACGAGCUUUCCGAAGAACUGCUUCGGGACUUAAAACAAGCGCUGAGGCACCAGCCUGCCACUCUAGAAGACGGUCAGAAGGAGACCGAGUACGCCCAGUCAGGCAGUUUGGAUGAAUCAUCAUUUGAUCCACUGACAUAUGAAGUGGACGAAGAUCGAGCUUCCGGAAGCAGUGACUUCAGUACCCUUAGCGGGAUGCUAAAAUACAUAAACAAAGAAAUGAGAAUGGCUGAAAAUUCUCUGGGGCAAACAUCCUCUGCGGUAAGUCAGGGAGAAAAUCUGUGACGAGAAGAUACUGGUCUGACGAGCAAAAGGAAUCGUUGGGACUAGUCGUUGGUUGAAAUGCCGAAUAUUGUAUAUAGUUCUUGGUUCAUAUUGAUUCGUUUUAUUUUUAUUAAAAUCAAUUUUGUAGAACUUUUUUUUAUCUUUCGAAGGGUUUUUUUUUAACAUUUAAUUAAAUUUCAGAGGAAAGUGAUUUAUUUGUAUAUAUUAGUUCCCUGUAAGUUUGUCUUGGACCUUGUCUUUUACAUAAAUCUGUAAUCGCUCUUUCAGGGUAUUUUAAUUAAAAGUAUAUGUUUUUCUAAAC